UUGUUAUUAUUAUCAUGUACACAUAUUUAGGAUAUACUUAAUUUGUUCCCAUCACUGCACACAAUUAAAAUGCAUCAAACUAAUUCCUGAAUUGCACAAAAAAACACUUUUCUAAAGUCUUUAAUUACAUAAAUUAGUUUAAGUGUAUCUUGUUUUCUUGAUGUAUUCUUAUUGUCUUUUGGCUAGUUAUUAGACCACGCACAUUAUAAAUGAAUGGUGACUGUUUCCUUGGUAAUAAUGGGUUAAGUUAUACAAGGAAGUACCUGUGGUCAUUUACAAAGGGAGCAAAGUCCGUGAGAGAAGACAACAGUGAAGGGUUUCCUGGUCAGGCAGCAUUUCCUCAUGAGGAGCUGCUUCACCAUCUGUUUUAUUUUGGAUUUGUCGCUGGUUUAGAAUUAGAUGUGUUUCCAGAGGACAGUAAUUAAAGCUUGUGUUAAACUAGAUCAGAGAAAUGUCCAGUGAACCACAGAGACCAGGCUCCAGAGAGGUGCAUGACUAUACUGAAGAGUAUGGUUACCACAGUGACCAGCAGUCACUAAGGUUAAGACGGGGUCCGUCUCGAGUGGUCCAAUCAGAAUCAGCCUCAGUUCGACUGGAGCUCGCCCCACGAAGAGGAGGAUGAGGAGGGCAGCAGUGGACCGCCCGAGACCUCAGAGCCACUCCUCUGCCCAUGGCUCUGAAACGAGCUAUAAGGCAGGUGCAGCAAAUGCAGGUGCCUGUGGUUUCCAGCAGAGAUUCGUGGAAACGGAAAAAUGCCAAAUCUCUGCGUAAACUCAAAGACUGCGGCAUGGGAUUCCUCUCCUUUUUCUCUCUGUGGAGCAAGACUUUGCAAAAGAUCGGAGGGAACUUCGGAGGUGGUGUCCAGUCCUACUUCCUGUUCCUGCGGUUCUUGGUGGUGCUCAAUUUUGUUUCCUUUUUACUGAUUGCUGGAUUUGUCCUCGUCCCCAGCAUCGUCUUCAGAUCCGUCGGGGCCGCACUUGUUAACAGCACAGGUCAAGGGGCAUGCAUGGUUUAUGAUCCUAAUCCUGAAGGCCUGGUGGUGUUCUAUAAUUACUUCCUUGACUUACUUUCAGGAACGGGUUUCAUGGAGUAUUCAUACCUGUUUUAUGGCUACUACAACAACACAAUGGUGGAGGACAAGAACAUCUCCUACAACAUCCCGCUGGCCUACCUCUUCACCGCUGUCUUCUACUUUGUCUUCUGCCUCAUUUGUAUCAUAGCGAGGAUGGGGACUGCUGCUCGAGUUGUCGUGGCAACGGGAAGCAGCACCGUGGGCGACUACAGCAUGAUCGUGUUCACCAGCUGGGACUACGGUUGCCUGGGAGACCGAGCUACCAAACUGAAGCAGAAGAACAUCCACUACCAGCUGCAGGUGGAUCUGGAGGAGGAGAGCAUAAAGAAAAGGGCAGCUGCUCUGACUUUGUCUCAGAAAAUUGUCUUAUACUCGCUACGUGUUUCUAUGUGUUUUGUUUCAUUUGGGCUCAUUAUAGCAGCCUUCUAUGGCAUCUUUGCGGCCACCGAGUUCAGCCAGGUAAAGAGUGGGCAGGGAGGGAUCCUGGGUUUGUUUUUUGAGUAUCUGCCUUCCAUCGUCAUCACCGCCGGAAACUUUGUGGUGCCGCUGCUGUGUGACCAGAUCGCCCUGAUAGAGCGAUACUCCCCCAGCACCACCGUCAUAGUGGCACUGUUACGGGCAGUGUUUCUUCGGCUGGUGAGUCUGGGUGUUCUCCUCUUCACCCUGUGGCGUCAGAUCACCUGCGAAGGGGCUGAAAAUACUGGAGAAUGUAAACUCUGUCAAUACAACCAUUUACUUUACCCGUGCUGGGAAACACGUGUAGGACAGGAGAUGUAUAAGCUGACUCUGUUUGACUUCCUCAUCAACAUCGCUGUGCUCGUCCUAGUGGAGUUUCCACGCAGGAUGGUGGUGGACAACUGGUCCAAUAAGCUGGCUCAGUGGGUGGGUCGACAGGAGUUUGUGGUUCCCGCCAACGUGCUCGGACUGGUUUAUGGUCAGACUGUGGUUUGGACUGGAGCUCUGUUUUGCCCUCUGCUGCCGCUCAUAAACACCCUCAAGUUUAUCCUCCUCUUCUACUUCAAGAAGAUUACACUCUUCCAUAAUUGUCGGCCAGCACUGAAGACGUUUCGCUCCACCACCUCCACCUUCUUCUUCCUGGUGGUGCUCCUGUUUGGCUUGGGCCUGGGCACAGUUGUCAUGAUAUACAGUCUAUCUGAGAUCCGUCCUUCAAUGGGUUGCGGCCCUUUCCGUUUUUUUCCCAGCAUGUGGUCGAUUGUGCCAACAUCUUUCAACAACCUCUCCAUCAUUACACAGGAGUUUCUCUUCUUCAUCGGUUCCCAGUCAUUCUCCAUCCCCCUGUUUGCAUUAUCUUGUGUGGUGAUGUGCUAUUUUGUGGCCUUAGCCUCCGUCUAUGGAAAAAGUGUUGCCUUGCUAAGAGCUCAGAUUAAACUGGAGGGCCGUGACAAGCAGUUCUUGGUGAAGCAGAUUGAAAUGCUGAGUCGACGACAGCAGAUACUAAAACAGACAGCAGGAGCAUCUAGCUGAACAUAGCGUACAGUAUGAACCAUGUUUAGGUUUAACUAACUGCUUAACAUGAGAAAACGUGAUGAGGCACCUGCAAGGAAUGUAUGAACCCUGUAUAUACAUGCUAAAAGAAAAAGUUCACUCCUUGAAACAACUUUCAUUUUGAUUUAGCACUUAAUAUCUGGAAAAUUGCAAUGUCAUUUAUUGGCAUGCAGUUGACGUACAUAAAUAGUAGUAGAUACAACUAUUAUGUGUAAAUGAUGUAUAAAAUAAAAUACAAAUGUGUGGUAGACAAUAAUGUAAAUAUCUGAACUGAAUGUAUACAAGAAUGUUGUAGAUGUAUAUGCAUAAUGAGUAGGAGUAAAUAUGAACAAUUUGUUAAAGUAAGUAAAAUAUACAAAGGUAAAGCGACAAUAAGCAGUGUAUGUUUAAGCUACAUAAAGCCAGGUAUAAAUGAAAAGAGUGUGUUUGUUGUUAUAAAUGCAAAUGUUCAUCACUUUUUUGUAUCAUGCAAACAGUUACACUGUAUGUGUUUUUGUUCCUUUCUCACUUAAAUCAGAAUAAAAUAGGGAGGAAUUAUAGCCCCAUCUAGUGCCACAUGUGUGCUGUUUCAAAA